AAAGCAGCAAGUGGUGCUCAGGAUUGUAGAGGUAGAAGACACGAGCAGAGUAUAAUGAACGUAGAGGUGAGAUAUUUAAAUUAAAAUAUCGAUUCAAUUACAAUUGUAUCGAUCUGAUACCAAUACCAGUGUUGGCAUCGAUACUAUCGAUAUUUAGAUCGAUCCGCCCACCUCUAGUGCCUGUUACUUGAACGAGUAACAAUGUUGUGACGUGUGCUAAUGGCAGCACGAGCUACUUAUUGAUGUGUUCCAAUAAAGAUGUCAACUUGAGACAUAACCUCGGGCACAAAGUUCUUAUUUACCACUCAUAAAGAAGUCGAUUAUCAUGUCUGUGAAAGUUAAGAUCAACAGCGCUGAUGUGAAAUACACCGAGAAACACAUCGAGUCGCGUUACAGUUACAACACCGCAUCUGUGUAUAAAGAAGGAGACACGUACACUGUGACACCCUCCAGUUCUGGGUUCAUCUUCCGCACGGAGACGAAGGUGCCAAAGCUGGGCGUCAUGCUGGUCGGGUGGGGCGGUAACAACGGGACCACAGUCACGGCGGCUGUGCUGGCCAAUAAACUGGGUCUGACCUGGAAAAACAAGAAUGGUGUUCAGAAAGCAAAUUACUUCGGCUCGUUUCUGCAGUCGUCUACUGUGUGUCUGGGCUCCGGACCUGACGGAGACGUCCACGUUCCCUUUCGAGAUCUGCUGCCUAUGGUGCAUCCGAAUGACAUCGUAUUUGAUGGUUGGGACAUCUCCUCGUGGGAUCUGGGCAGGGCCAUGGAGCGUGCUCGGGUGCUGGAAUGGAGCCUGCAAGAGAAGCUCCGCCCCCACAUGAGUCAACUCAAACCCAGACCCUCCGUCUACAUCCCAGAAUUCAUUGCGGCGAACCAGGAGAGCAGGGCUGACAAUCUCAUCCCAGGAACCAAAGCAGAACAGGUGGAGCGGAUCCGUCGGGACAUUUGUGACUUCCGACAGAAGAGCGACGCGGACAAGGUCAUCGUUCUGUGGACCGCCAACACCGAAAGGUUCUGUGACAUCGUUCCUGGCGUCAACGACACGGCGGAGAAUCUGCUGAACACCAUACAAAUCGGAGGAGAGGUGUCUCCCUCCACCAUGUUCGCGGUGGCCAGCAUUCUGGAGGGCUGUGCGUUUAUUAACGGAUCGCCUCAAAACACCUUCGUGCCCGGAGCCGUGGAGCUGGCCGUCCAACAGGGCGUCUUUAUCGGCGGAGAUGAUUUCAAAUCUGGCCAAACCAAAAUCAAAUCUGUUCUGGUGGACUUUCUGAUCAGUGCUGGUUUGAAGCCGACAUCUAUCGUGAGUUAUAAUCACCUCGGAAACAACGAUGGACUCAAUCUGUCAGCGCCUCAACAGUUCCGUUCUAAAGAGAACUCAAAGAGUAAUGUGGUGGAUGACAUGGUGCGCUCCAACCCCAUCCUGUACAAGCCCGGAGAAAGACCGGACCACUGUGUGGUCAUUAAAUAUGUGCCGUAUGUGGGUGACAGCAAGCGAGCAAUAGAUGAAUACACCUCCGAGAUCAUGAUGGGAGGAACAAACACCAUCGCUCUACACAACACCUGCGAGGAUUCUCUGCUGGCCACUCCCAUUAUUCUGGACCUGGUGAUCCUGACAGAACUGUGUCAGAGAAUCACAUUCUGCACGCAGGACGAUCCAGUUUUCCAAAGCUUCCACAGUGUUCUGUCUCUGCUCAGUUUCCUCUGUAAAGCUCCGCUUGUACCGCAGGGCGCACCGGUGGUCAACGCUUUCUUCAGACAACGGGCGUGUAUCGAGAAUGUCAUGAGGGCAUGUCUCGGCCUCCCUCCUCAGAAUCACAUGCAGCUAGAACACAAGAUGAAAAGAACCUUCCUGUAUUCUGGUGAAAUGCGAAAAAAAGAUGCCGUUCUAGAAAGUAUCAAUGGCUGUCGUUCCAUCAAAUGUAUUGAAAUGAACGGCCAUGAAGAAGUGCAGCACACGUCUCACAGAGGCCAUCGAUAAACUGAUAACAAGAAACAGCUUUAUCCGCGUCAAAUAAUUCAUUGAUUUUCUUUCUUGGAAAUAAUAACAUGUAUGUGUUUGUUUAGUGUCUAUUGUAUUUCUGGAGUCAUUGUGAGAAAUAAUCUUUUUAAUACAAUUAACACUGAGAAAAAUGAGUCAUUGUGUGUUCCCGCAGAGGAGAUGCUGGAGUAUUUGCAAUAGAAGACUGUGGUCAAUUUUCUAGAUACUAUAGUGUUUUACAGUAUCAACUACAAUCAGUUAACAACUAAUAAUUAGUGGUCGACAGAUAUGGGCUUUUGAAUAGUAAAAAAAGAAAGAUAUACGAGAUAUUAGUGAAACUAAAUUAACAUUUAUUUUGCAUAAUAUUUAUGCAAUAUUCUCUUAACUGUACAACAUUUGACGAUGUAACUGUCAUGAAACAGGAGGGGACGAACCCAAUUGCAGGCAGCGUUCAGGGGUAACAAAAAGGGUAUUUAUUAAGAACAAAACGCAAAACAAGGACCCACGAUGGGGUAUAACGGCACAACAGGAUAAUAACAGGAUGUAGACUAACUAACACUAAACUGAGAUAACCAACACUAGACAUUAACUAAACUGGACACUUACUAGAUAGACAGGAGCUUCAACAACAGGAACAGGUAAUCACACUCAGGGUACGAUGAUGCACAGAGUAACACUCUUUAAACAAACACACCACACACAAUGACCGAACACAGGACAAUGAAACAUGAGGACUAUUUAAAGGGGAGCAAAUCAAGAGGGAACAGGUGCGGGACAUGAACUAAUUAACAAGCAAUAACGAGACGAAAGGGCGGGAACAGAGACGCGACACCGGAGAGAGAGGGAAUGUGGAAGACCGAAACUUCUCUCUCCACAUAAAACAAGGGAUCCUGUCGUGAUUCUGCCACAAGAUCAAGAAAGACAUGACAAGAUGAGACAGAAUCACGACAGUAACACUUCAAUAUUUGACAAAUAGUGCAGAUUUUUUUGUUGAACUGUUUUACUGCUUCUUUAACCCAACAGAAGAUUCUAGAUAAGGUGUAUAUUUAAUGACAAAAAACAACGUAAUUCGUUUAUAUUAAUAUACAGUUACUGUACAAAGAAAUCGCAUGAAGUUGUUUUCCUCAGGAUGUUUCACUUUAGGUCAAAGUUUGAAAAACAACCCUUGACUAGUAAAGAUUUAUGUCCGCUUUUCUGUUUUGUCUCUGUGAAAACGAUACAAAAAUACGCCAAUGUUGAAUGUGGUGGAUAUUAAAUAAUAAUACAGAAUAUAGGCAUGCAAACGCAUUAUUACUUAACAUACAGUGUACAGGUACAUCUCAAAAAAUGAGAAUAUCGUGAAAAAGGUCAAUUUUUUUGUUUGCUCAGGACUUGGCACCUGCACACAGUGCCAAAGCUACCAGCACCUGGUUUAAGGACCAUGGUAUCCCUGUUCUUAAUUGGCCAGCAAACUCGCCUGACCUUGACCCCAUAGAAAAUCUAUGGGGUAUUGUGAAGAGGAAGAUGCGAUAUGCCAGACCCAACAAUGCAGAAGAGCUGAAGGCCACUAUCAGAGCAACCUGGCCUCUCAUAACACCUGAGCAGUGCCACAGACCGAUCCACUCCAUGCCACGCCGCAUUGCUGCAGUAAUUCAGACAAAAGGAGCCCCAACUAAGUAUUGAGUGCUGUACAUGCUCAUACUUUUCAUGUUCAUACUUUUCAGU